CUUUCCUAUCAACGGCUCUCACAAUUCUCCUAACCUAACACAAGCUGUUCAUCAAACACUUACGCGCACUCUUCAUCCACCAUGGCAGCCAAUUCCCGGACGCUUGAAAUCAAGGUGAUCUCCGCCGAGAACCUGAAAUUAGAUCGAAAAUCCAUCAAGAAAAACGCUUCCGUGACCGUCCGGGCCGACGCCAACAGCCAGUUCUGCACCACGGACAUUGACACCGAAGGCGGCGCCUACCCACGGUGGAACGAGAAGCUCGUGCUCGACUUGCCAACGCACUCCAAGUCCAUCAUAGUGGAGGUCCAUUGCAAGACUUCUUCCGGCGUCAGGACGAUCGGGACGGCGACGGUUCCGACUUCGGAUUUUGUUGGCGAGUACGUACCGGAGGGUUACCUGCAUUUUUUGAGUUACAGGCUGAGGAAUCACAAGGGGGUAAGGAAUGGGAUUAUUAAUAUUUCUGUGAGAAUGAAGGUUCCGGAGAUGUACGCUUGUGCAAGUUCAACGACGUGGUCUCACUCAACGAUGGGGUUUCCAGCGGCUGGGAACAAAAGUUUCGGCGGUGGCGUUGUGACAGGAGUUCCGGUUUGGUACGGUGCCUAUCAGAAAAAUUAUUGAAGAUCCAAGGCGCAAUACUUUGUGCGUAAAUAUUAGAGGAUUUAGACCUUUGGUUAAGGAGAAUACAGACACAACGUGUUUUGUGUUCUUGCAGGAGAUUUGAUGCAACCAUUUAAUUCAUUGUUACAAUACUUGAUUGUUUUUGUUUUGAAUAAAAGAAAUUUUCUGAAUAAUACUAUAGUGAUUGUAAUUCUA